UUCAACGCCUUAUCACACCUUAAUCAACACAUGAUGAUUCACACUAGAAAGAAACCAUUCAAAUGCACUCAAUGUGGGAAAAGUUUUAACCGCUCAUCAGACCUUCAUCAACAUAUGAGGAUCCACACUGGAGAGAAACCAUUCACAUGCAACCAGUGUGAGAAGAGUUUUAACUGCUCAUCAAACCUUUAUAAACACAUGAAAAUCCACACUGGAGAGAAACCAUUCACAUGCAACCAGUGUGGGAAGAGUUUUAACUUUUCAUCAAACCUUCAUCGACACAUGAGGAUCCACACUGGAGAGAAACCAUUCACAUGCACUCAGUGUGGGAAGAGUUUUAACAUUUCAUCAAACUUUCAUCAACACAUGAGGAUUCACACUGGAGAAAAACCAUUCACAUGCACUCAGUGUGGGAAGAGUUUCAGCCAAAAAUCAAACUUUAAUGUACACAUGAGGAUCCACACUGGAGAAAAACCAUUCACAUGCACUCAGUGUGGAAAGAGUUUCAACCAUUUAUCACAUCUUAAUCAACACAUGAUGAUCCACACUAGAAAGAAACCAUUCAAAUGCACUCAAUGUGGGAAAAGUUUUAACCGCUCAUCAGACCUUCAUCAACAUAUGAGGAUUCACACUGGAGAGAAACCAUUCACAUGCACUCAGUGUGAGAAGAGUUUUAACUGCUCAUCGAACCUUCAUACACACAUGAGAAUCCACACUGGAGAGAAACCAUUCACAUGCACUCAGUGUGGAAAGAGUUUUAACUUUUCAUCAAACCUUCAUCGACACAUGAGAAUCCACACUGGAGAGAAACCAUUCACAUGCACUCAGUGUUGGAAGAGUUUUAACUUUUCAUCAAACUUUCAUCGACACAUGAGGAUCCACACUGGAGAGAAACCAUUCACAUGCAACCAGUGUGGGAAGAGUUUUAACUGCCCAUCACACCUUAAUCAACACAUGAUAAUCCACACUAGAAAGAAACCAUUCAAAUGCACUCAAUGUGGAAAAAGUUUUAACCGCUCAUCAGACCUUUAUAAACACAUGAUAAUCCACACUGGAGAGAAACCAUUUACAUGCACUCAGUGUGGGAAGAGUUUUAACUUUUCAUCAAACCUUCAUCGACACAUGAGGAUCCACACUGGAGAGAAACCAUUCACAUGCACUCAGUGUGGGAAGACUUUUUCACACAAAAGCAAACUUAAGAUUCACAUGAGCAUCCACACAGGAGAGAAACCAUUUGCAUGCACUCAAUGUGGGAAGAGUUUCAGCCUAUCAUCAUCCCUUAAUCUACACAUGAGGAUCCACACUGGAGAGAAACCAUUCACAUGCACUCAGUGUGGGAGGAGUUUCAGCCACUUAUCACCUCUUAAUAAACACAUGAGGAUCCACACUGGAGAGAAACCAUUCACAUGCACUCAGUGUGGGAAGAGUUUUAGCUUAUCAACAUCCCUUAAUCUACACAUGAGGAUCCACACUGGAGAGAAACCAUUCACAUGUACUCAGUGUGGGAGGAGUUUCAGCCACUUAUCACCUCUUAAUAAACACAUGAGGAUCCACACAGGAGAGAAACCAUUCACAUGCACUCGGUGUGGGAAGAGUUUCAACUGCUCAUCAAACCUUAGUAAACACAUGAUGAUCCACACUGGAAAGAAACCAUUCACAUGCACUCAGUGUGAGAAGAGUUUUAGGAUAUCAUCAUCCCUUAAUCUACACAUGAGGAUUCACACUGGAGAGAAACCAUUCACAUGCACUCAGUGUGGGAACAGUUUCAGCCAAUCAUCAUCUCUUAAUAAGCACAUGAGGAUCCACACUGGAGAGAAACCAUUCACAUGCACUCAGUGUGUGAAGAGUUUCAACCGAUCAGAACACCUUAAUCUACACAUGAGGAUCCAUACCGGAGAGAAACCAUUCACAUGCACUGAGUGUGAGAAGAGUUUUACCUGCUCAUCACACCUUAAUCGACACAUGAGGAAACACACUGGAGAGAAACCAUACGCAUGCACUCAGUGUGGGAAGAUUUUCAGCCAAUCAUCACGCCUUAAUCUACACAUUGUAAGCCACAACGGAGAGAAACCAUGACCUACGAAACUCUGACGGACUCUGACCUGCGAAAUUGCAUCACUUGACUGUGUGAGACCAAUCGAAGAUCAAAACAUGACCUCUCUGGACCGAAAUUUAAAAAAAUGUACCAAUCGCACACUGUUUUUAAUCAUCUUGUUUGUUCCCGCUCCUUUUCGCAAUGCCGUACAACAGAAUUUUGCAGCUUCGGUGUGGGAUGAGUUUCAGCACAUCCUCAGACCUUAAUAAACGCAUGAAGACCCA